UUUGUUUGUUUUGUUUUUAAUUCAAAUAAAAUCUCAUGAAGAAGCGAUUCGGCGACAUCAAGUCCUUCACAGUGAUUUACACUGUCACUUAGUUUUCAGAUCACAGUUACGGGCAACAUUAUAACAAGGCGCGUCGUCAUCAGUGAUCUUUACAGUUUUUUAAUACAACAGGGUUUUAGGGUUUUAUGGUUUUGGGGGGGUCAAAUACUGCGUCCGAUAAGUUUCGGUGCGAUCAGAAGUCGUCUGAUCCAAACCCUCUCAGUCUCACUCUCAGCUGUCACUCCGCAGCCUCCCACGUGGUCAGCAGGGCGGGCGCAUCUCAGCGAGUUGAAUGUGCAACUUUUAGGGAGGCAAACAAUUGGACCCGUUGGUAGUUGCAAUUGCACAUCCAUGUAGGAUACUCCCCGACAGGAAACAACGACCUGCAAGUGGAGUCAGUAGGCGCCUCUUCCCCUGGCUGGCAUCAGAGCUCUCUCAUCUGUGCCUGGUGUGAACCCGGGGCGCACUGCCUCUUGUUCCAAACUUGUUCCCAAGACUCAUCUAAGGCAGCGCUUUGAACCCCCGAGCCCUGCGUACAGGAGUCUGUGUUGUCCUGUUGUUACUUAGUCCACAGAGUCUGAUCACAGUUUGGCUUCCAGGAACCACACCGACAAAACAAGUGAUUUUCUUUUCAUCAAGAGGACCUUGAAGCAGGAUUUCGGCAUGGAUAAAGCCAGCGACUCUAUCGCGGAAAGUAAACCGGUGUGCCAGUGUGCGCCCAAGUCCGCGGUCCAGCGGUGGCUUCCAGGACUUCCCAUCGCUCUGUGCUUGCUGUUGUCCCUGAGCUCGGUCGCCGUGUGCCUUCUGAUGGGCUUCAGGACCUUCCAGCUGGAGAGUCGACUGCAGAUGGAGAUGAGCAAAGCGUCCAUCUUCCAGCCGCCGCACCGGGCUUUUCUAAACGAGGAUGGGACCCUAAUCCCCGAGCUGAGCACCCCGAUAGAAAGGCUCGUGCAAGAGAAAGUGGUGGGGCUGGUGCCAAAACUGCGGACAACUAGAGACGUUGGCCAGGAGUGCUCCUGUCCUCCAGGGCCUCCGGGGAAGCGCGGAAGGAUGGGAAGAAGAGGCGAACCCGGUCCUCCUGGCAAAUCUGGACGGGAUGGAUACCCGGGUCCACUUGGAUUGGACGGGAAACCAGGUUUACCAGGUCUCAAGGGAAGCCAGGGACCAGCCGGACCCAAGGGAGAAAAGGGUGACCAGGGAGACAUUGGGCCAAGGAUGGUCUUUCCCCGAUAUGACCAUAGCUUUCUCUCUGGAGAGCAGUCCAACACCUUCCAGAGACGUUUUCUGAAGGGUGACCAAGGCCAGACUGGACCUGCUGGACCUCCCGGCCCACCAGGUCCCCCUGGUCCCCGUGGCCCCCCUGGGAACACAGGAAAGGACGGGCCACGUGGCCCUGCUGGAGAGCCGGGAUUUCCUGGUCGAGAUGGCGUUGAGGGGCCACAGGGAUUGCCUGGGAAGCCGGGAGAAGACGGCGAGCCUGGUUAUCCAGGACAACAGGGUCCUCCAGGAGUAAAGGGGGAGCCAGGUAUGGGAGAAAAAGGAGAGAGAGGCAUGGAUGGACUCCCAGGAUUUAAGGGAGACAAAGGGGAAAUAGGAGAGCAAGGACCACAAGGACCCGUGGGUUAUCCUGGUGAAAAAGGUGCCACAGGCUCCUCAGACAUCAUUGACUUCAACGGGAAGCUUCUCGAUGCUUUCCAGGCCAUCGACACCAUCAGUGUUUCGGGUCCACCUGGACCACCUGGACCACCCGGGGCCCCAGGAGAAAAGGGUGAGCUUGGCUUACCUGGACCAGCAGGAGUCGACGGUGGGAAGGGACCUAAAGGUGAUGUGGGUGAGAUAGGACCACCUGGUGACAGAGGAGAGAAGGGAGAGAUGGGGCUCUCUGGACCUGCUGGUAUGGACGGGCAGAAAGGAGAGAAAGGCGACUGCAGAAUGGAUGACAACCUGGUUCAGAUGAUCUCCCAGCCAGGCCCACCUGGUCCACCGGGCCCACCUGGGUCCCCUGGAUCCAUGGGGCUGCAUGGAAUGCCUGGUCCUAAGGGUGAACCUGGAUUCGGGAUGAAAGGAGAGAAGGGGGACACUGGUGCUCCUGGACCACAAGGUUUUCAAGGACUCCAGGGCUCAACUGGGCCUGCAGGGUUGGUGGGACUUCCAGGUGCAAAGGGAGAAAAAGGCAGACCAGGGGAGCCUGGACUAGACGGUUUCCCGGGUCUGAUGGGAGAGAAAGGUGACCGAGGGGACAGAGGAGACAAGGGUGACAGGGGAGCGGUGGGAAAGAAAGGUCUAAAGGGCCAGAAGGGAGAGCAGGGUCCUCCAGGCCUGGACCAGCCUUGUCCUGUGGGUUGUGAUGAGACUAAAGGUCUGUCUAAGGAGGCAGGGCUUUCUUCCCCUCCACCUCUUGCUCCUUCCGGCCCUGAGGCCCCCUGUCCUGUGGGACACGAUGGACUGCCCAUACCAGGCUGCUGGCACAAGUGAUGACUAACCAGCAGCAUGGAAUCUGUACAUAUUGAUAUGGUAUAUAUUGGAAUUGAAUACUACACCAACAACCCUCUCCUUUUUUUCCGUUUUUCAUAAAACAUUUUUAUAUAAUAUAUUGAGAUUUUUUUUAACAAGGACAUUUUUGAAUCUACAGUAUUAUAAAAAAAAGUUCCUAAAAAUCUAGAGAUCCGGUGUUGUUGUGAAUGCAGCUAUGAUUUUGAAGAGAGGAAACUGAACUGGCAGCGGUGCUCUUAAUUUGAAGGACAGUCCAGAUGACAGAGUGCCUCGAUGGUCUCGCUGCCUGACUAACAAGAAGUCUGACUUGCUGCCUGAUUGUAAUCACGAACGCUGUGUGGAUAUGACAGUGUGUACGCUCACACUGAUGGAUGAAUGGACAGAUCUCCUGGCUGUGGCAGACGGAGGAAUGUGGGUCAGUGCUCUCUUCUCCUCUCUCUGUUUUCUCAAAAGGAGGAAAUGGCGAGACAGAAGCUCAAACGCAAGCGUCUCUCUCAGCCCUGAAGGGGGCGCGGGGCCUGGUGGAGAAAGGACACGGAGACAGGCAGAGAGCACAAGAAGGGGGGCAGAUUGGCCUUUUUGAAGCAGAACGAGCCAUGUAAUGCCUCGGUGACACACUGAACACUCAGAUCCUCCGGUACGGAAACUCUCCAGGAAGGGGCGACAGAGAACACUGCGCCUCCACAUUCACCUGAGAAGAAAUGACACUCAUGUGGCUGAUGGGAGUCACUGACGUCACUGGCACAUAAGGACGGAUUUACUGCACAGAUACGUUGUUGUGGUGAUCUCUUGUUUGGCUCUUUUGUAAAAGGUUUUCACAAAUUAAAUGCAUGGUCGUAACAAGGCGCCGUGUUGUUCAGCAUUCUGACAGCUUGUAUGUCUUGAGGCGCCUCAUCGAAACGACAGUAGAUUCAUUACAAGUUAAUAAGCAGUCUUUAAUAUUCUUUCCAUUUCAACAAGCCACUCGGAAACGUCAGUGAGUCUACCUUUUUAGGACUUACACUUGUUGCAGUGGUGACAUGUGUGUUGUUUUAUUUUGCUAUAUUCUUACCUAUUUUUGUCCAGUUACAUUUUUGCAUUCCUUUGCAUUGCCAUGUUUGUGGAAUAUUCAGAUGAAGAGUUCUGUUUUCAAGGCCAGAUCUGAAGGAACCAUUCACAGUAUUCAUGAUUAAGCAGUGUUUCAGUUGCCUUCACAAAUGAUUGCCAGUCACAUGAUUUCCUUUUUAAUUCUCAGUGUAACUGAUGCUUUUUGACUGAUCAUUCUCCUUUAAUCACUGAUGAGGAAGUGUUUAAUUAAUGUUGUCAGUUUCUCUGGACAAUGGUUUAUUCUUGCUGCUGACUUAAAUGUGUGUUGUUUGUUUGAUAUUUUUGAAUCAAUGUUAGUCAUUUGGAAUGAAGGACUAACAGAGUUAAGUAUGGGAUUUGAAUCAAAUGUAUACAGAACCUUCUUUUUGGGGAAAAUAUUCAUUUUUACACCGCAAUAGACCUUCACACAAUGGUUUAAAACUCAGUUAAUUUACUUUUUUCUUUCAGUUGUCAUGUUUUGCUAUCAGAUGACUUUUACUGGUGUGUUUAAGUCUUUACAUUUGGUAAAACACUUUUUCUCAGAUGGAAACAUUUCUUGGUGCUUUGAUACUUUUAUAUACCCGUUUAAAGCUCUAAUGUGCGUAUUCAUAUGCAAAACCACACACACAAACACACACACACACACACACACACACACACACACACACAUACAAAUGCAUUAUUGUUUAUAGUUGAUCUUAGGACAAAAGAAAUUGUAUUCAUAUUAUUGUCAAAUAUAUUGCUACAUGUAAACAGGACAACGAUUGCGUGAAAUCAUUAUUUGCUCCUGUUCACAUGGACAAACUUACACAGACAUGAACAGAAAAUGGUGUGUAAGUUUCUUAAUGGACUUCUGUAUAGUCUACAUUGGUAUUAGUUGUACAUUAUGAUGAUACUCAGCAAAUAUGUUUUUUUAAAGGUAGAAUACAUGUUUAGAUUAAUUGUUAGACACCACUGUUGUUAGCCUCAAAGGUGCAAUAUGUCAAAAUUGGCCACAUGUCGCAGUCAUUAUACAACUCCAACCAAACCUGCUAACUGCUGCUAACUGUAGCUACCGUUAGCUUGUAAGCUCAGUUCACAGUACAGCUAGCGGUCCUAUGAGCUUACUCUGCCUUAACUGGGAGCUCAGUGCACUUGGGGAGCAUUAGUGUUGUUAAACUAGCCCAUCGGACCAUCACCUCUUGAGGCACUAAUUGGCCAGGGGCUAGCAUGUUAGCUAACUUUAAUAGUUAUCUCUGCAACACAAUACAAAGCCACUUUGAUGUAAUGACAAAACUAUUGUUUCUUCAUUUUCUAUUAAUCAUGUUAAUAUUUGAAUGUUCACUCAGUUCUAACCUAUUGCACCUUUGAACAAUCACAAUGUUUUAUCGGUUGAUUAUCAUUAACUCACAGUACAGGCUGCUAAAGGUUUCUAUUUCCACUCGCCAGUAACCACACACACACUGCAACAUUUAAACAUUUCACACGGGCUCAGUAUUAUUGUUGUUCGAAUCCCUCUGAGGAACCAAAAAAACAAAUGUGUGAUGCGUGAAAAUGGAAUUUCUUAUUUCAGUUAGGUCAUUUGUGCAAAGCAAUGUAAGAGAAGAACAGAGCUACACUGGUUCGUAGAUAACACACCCACUAACUGGCCAGCAAUAUGACUCGUGUUAUGUUGCAGUAGUCGUGAUUUUGGCCACAUCUCCCUGCAGUGGAGUAUGACAUGUGUAACAUAACCUCUUUUCAGCUGUAUCUCUGCUAUUGAAUUCCUGACACACAAUUUUCUAUAUCAGUGGAGAAAAUAUGAUGUGAAGUCUCUGUAGAGGGUGUGCUCAGAAAGAUUAAAACCUGUACUGCAUCAGUCAUUUAUGUUUUCUGUAAGCAUCUGUGUAUGUACGAGCUGCAUAUCAUUAAGCUUCAAUGUAACAGCUGACAAUCAAACUUUAUUUGAGAAUCGUAAAAGAUGAAAGCAGAACGGUUUCGAUGUAAGCUGACAGUUAUCUGUCACUAUCUGUUUAUUUCUUUUGCAGAUUCUGUCAGUUUCAAUUUUUAGGGCGUAUGGAGUCAAUUAAUGGUCAAAUGUCGGAGUACAGUUUGGUGUUUAAGCAAGUCAUAUAUCACAGUAUUAGCUUGACUUUGAGAGAAUGUUUUUGGUUGUGUAUUUGGUUGUAAAAGAAUUAAGCUAUUUUUGUAAUUACUUGUCUAAAAAUGUAUAACAUGAAAUCUGGUCAACUAAACAUGUAGACUGAAGUAAACUCUCCAGUGUGAUGCUUCUUUUUGUGUGUCCAUUAAACAAUAACCAUGUUGAAUCA